AGUGCUACUAUUAGUGACACACCAGUGACACACUACUAGUGACAGAGUGCUACUGUUAGUGCAGUGAUGUUGAAAGUGUCUCCAAAUGUUGAGACAGUGAGUUUAUAAUAAACUUGUUAAUGAUUGAACUAAAAUUAGAAUAAGAUAUCAGAACUGAAAAAUUAGUUUUUACCGUUUUAAACUGCACACUGUUCCGAUUCUCCCACGCACAGUCACAGUCGCCCGGUUUCUGAACCUGAAAAUUAGCGUAUAAUUGGAUUUGGAAGUUUACGAAAUUACAUAAUUAAAUCCGCAUCUCACUGUACGAUAACAGCUUCAUUUCUGAAAACCUUUCCAUUUUGUGUCACACCUGUUGCAAUGUUCACAUUCGCACUUAAACCACAGUAUACGUAUGUACCUUAUAAUGUUUUAUCCGGUUUUUUUUUCGACGAGAUUCGAAAAUAAGACGAAAUGAGGUUUUUUAAAUUUUUAAACAUUAUCCAAGUGAACAGGCAAAAUAUACAUUACUGAUUGGGUGUGAGUUUAAUUUCAAUGGCGGUAUAUUCUCGUCGCUUAGAUUAAAUUAAAAUAUCAUGUUUUAUUUUGUGUGAAAUGUGAUACCUAUUUUAUAUGUGCUACAUUUCGUAAACACAAUAUUCUUUUACUGUCACCAAGAUGUAAUUAGAUCGAACACAGAAAUUACAUCUUGGUUACAGUAAAACUUUCGAGUUUCGCUUAUAACUCGCUCAUCAUAUCCAGUUUAAUAUUAUCAUCAGUUGUUGGUUACUAUAAUUGUUUACUGUCCACCUGUUUAACAUCAAACACACUUUUUCUGUUCUCAUCUACUUUCGUGUACUAACCGUACUUAUGAUUUGCCCAGCAGUUUUAUGUGAGUGCACAAUGUAUCUGUAACCAUGGUAACGGUAAACAUGGUAACCGUUACCAUGGUAAACAUUUAAAACACCUCAAAUUGAUCUUGUCACGUUACAGAUGAUGGAGGAAAAAGAUAGACGACUGUACGGAGAGCUGCAGCUACCUUUUAACCACAGUUACCUACACGGCCGUAUCUACCCUCCCUUUAUAAAGCAAAAGCAUCUGGAUGCCACGAGAAUAUUCCAACUGCGGUCAGACGACGUUUUGAUAGCAACAUACCCUAAAAAUGGAACCACGUGGACGCAGAAGAUAAUCCAGAACCUUCACAAAGUUCACAAGACAGGACACGACCUCACCAGGGGCGACAAGGUAUUGCUUGAAGUGAUGCCGUGGUUAGAGAACACCCCUCAUGAGAUUGUGGACAAAAUGCCGGGGCCUCGUUAUCUCAAGACACACAACUCUUACAAUUUGGUCGCUUACAAUCCUAACAUUCCCUGCAAAUACGUCUAUAUUGCUAGGAACCCGAAAGACGUGUGUGUUAGUUUAUAUCAUCACUGUAAAGGGUUCGCUGCGUUUGAGUACGACGGUCCCUUUGAGGAGUUUGCAGACCUUUUCUUGAAAGGAACGGUGGAGAGUAGUGAUUGGUGGGAGCAUGUGAAGGAGUUUUACCAGAACACACGUGACAUGGACGUGUUCUUCAUGAAGUACGAAGACAUGCACGCAGACGGGGUGUCAGCUAUUAAGAAACUGAAUGAUUUUUGUUCCCUCCCUCCUAUGACAGAUGAGAUGGCAACAGAGGUACUCCAACUCAGUGCCUUCAAGAGCAUGAAGGCAGAUCCUAAAUCUAACUACAGCUGGCUGGACGACGUGCGCAAGAAGGACCAGGCUCCAUUUAUGAGGAAAGGUACAGUAGGGGAUUGGUCCAACUACUUCACUCCAGAACUAGCUGCCAAGUUCGACAACAAGACUCGCGAGGUGUUUGCAGAUAUUGACCUCGACUUCUGUGACAAACUCUGAAAAUGGACUCUAUUCACCUAGGUUUCACUUUGAAACAGAUGCAAGUUUGGGCAUCUACUGAAUUGUGAUAGUACUAGUAUACUGUUGUUACUGCUUUAUUCCUUUAUAAUUAUUGGCCGUGAAAUAAAAUAGAGGGCGCUUUGUAUAGUAUUAUUUGAUACACGAUGCAUUUCCUUUUUAGCGCGCGAAAAGUGAAAUGCAAUGUGUAUCAAGUAAUUACAGAUAUUGCAAACCCGAUCGAUUUUUCGAUGUUUUUUAAAUGAAGUAUGCAAACUUUAGUAAUUAGUAAUGAGUAUUACUGCAUGAAUUUCAUAUUAAUAGUUGGCAUGGUGCCAAUUUUUUGGUUUGUACUACAAAUAUAAAUUAUAUACGACCAUAAA